AACCAAUCGUCUGUCGAUCUAGAAACGCCACCGAACAGACUCUCGAUUUAUCCCAGAUCUUCCUCCGCUGCUGGAUCAUGUCAGUCUCAACUGCAGAGAUACGAGCAGAGUUGAAAGGUUAGAGAAGCCUGAGCAUGCUGACGAAUCCAGAAAUAGAUUAAAUAUGAAAUGAGAAGAAUACGAGUCAAUUACCUUAAAGUUCCUCUUGCUGAAGCCAAACCAGUGAGGGAAAUCAAAGAGGGCGUCCGAGUAGUACUUGAGGGUGAAGGAGGCGUCUCUCCACACGGGCUCCACUCUCAGUAGUUUGUCACUUUCCAUGUGGAUGUUUUUUGCCGCCCAGUUUUCAAGCGUUUCGGCCAAGUCGAUCUGACAUGAGGAAAAUCAGGAAACCAUCAGCACAUAAGCAUCAUUGCUUUGGCCCAGAUCUGGCUCACAUCAGCAGUUUGCUCCAGAUCUGGACCACGAGUCAACCAAAGGGGACCUGAGUUAGUUUGGUGCUAUUUGGGCCAAAUCCACCAUUUACCACGUUGGCCACUUCAGGUUCACAUCCAGAUUACACCUUUCAAUGUCAGGGAAAUAUUUGUUUCGGGAACAUUUGCCAUUUUUACACGUGGGUUAGGGGCCACAAGAGGGCCGCAUCACCGCCUGAAGUGGCCCACGUCCUGCUAUCAAUGGACAGGGACAACAGAGAGGUUCUGCUCACAUCCACCCUGUAGCUUUCUCCAGCGACAGAAGAGAUGGUCCAGUCCAGGCCUCGCUCCAGCUGCCACUUGAUCAGAGGGUCGCUGCCGUCGAUGGACACCACGUACUGCUGCAGCACUGAAACACAAACCGCCCAUGUGAGCAAACAGGCACAGAGGACUGAAGGAAAACAUGUUGACAUGUGGGCUACGUAAGUGCUGGGCUGUCUUUUGUUAUUUCUCCACCCCGCCCACUGCAAACUGAGUGUGCAGGCCAGCAUGGUGAGUCAGCCCGGCCACCAAACUGCAUGCAGAAAGGCCAGUGGUGCCUUCAAAGACCAUUUCUUUUUCCACUGCAUGAUUAUGACACUGUGAAUUCAUGCUGAAAAGGUUCACUCACCUCUCACUUCAUUCGCUGCCUUGUUGUGGCCGGCUGAGAAGGGUUCCUGGCAGGCAGACGUCAGCAGAUAGAUCCUCUUGGACAGGAGGCUCUUUCUCAUGCUGGUGUACUCCCACAGAUCGUGCAGCUUAACUUUCCUGACACAAAUCAGACAGUUUCUCGUGGGUUUCUCACACAGAGUCACAUAUAUAAAUACAUCUACCCUCAUAUGUGCAGUCUCUGCUCCGGCUCACCUUCCUGGCGAGUUCUGGAAAACUAUUUUCCCUCUGCAGCACUGGAAGUCAUCGAUGAGCACCAGGACCCUCUCCGGGUCGCUGCGGACUCGGUAACCCGAACCUGGGGCCUCCUCCACGGUGAAACCAGCUGGGGGGUCCCGCAGAAACACCUCCACCUCCGUCACUGUCAUCCGGCGGGGGGACGUUUUGUCUGGCGCCAUGAUGUCACUGAUGGUACCUCCUCCUGGAGCCCGCAGCUGUUUAUGUCUGAGUGAGGCUACAGGCUGCAGCUUUAAUACUCCUCCAACACCACGUCAAGUUAGAGGUGGUGACAAGAGAAGGACUUCUGCUCUCCUCCUACCAAAAUAAAUCAGAUGGAUAGCUAGAUAGAUGGAUAGAUAGAAAGAUAGAUAAAAAAUGGAUAGAUAGAUAGAUAGAUAGAUAGAUAGAUAGAUAGAUAAAUGGAUAGAUGGAUAGAUAGAAAGAUAAAUAAAAAAUGGAUAGAUAGAUAGAUAGAUAGAUAGAUAGAUAGACCCACAUACAGGACAAGAAACCACUCAAGAUUUGUGGUCAAGAUUAUAAAGUUAAAAUUCUCAAAUGUAGAGAUUUGCAGUUAAUAUUUUAAGUCGGUUGAUCUUCUACUCAAUGUGUCAAUCAGAAGAUUAAGAGGAAACGGAUUCAAGUUAUUUAAGUACCUCUGUCGUGGAAUUGUCACUUUGGUAAAAAUAAAAACCUUGAUUGAAAUGUUCAUUUAUAAACAAUAACUACAAAUUAAUAAGAUGUAGUAAUAGUUAUAUUCACAUAACAUAUAUUUUUUGCCGUUCUGCAAUUUUCCAGCAAUACAAAGUGAAGAUAAGACAAAAAAGAAGAUCCAGAUAUAAUAAAUUAUGUGUUUUUGAAGUUUAAAUAUACACAUAAUGGUAACUGGUCUUACCCUUCUAAGAAGACAUCACUAGACUUUUACUUUGAAGAUACAUGUAUUUACUUCCUAUUUCAUUCACUCCACAAGUCUUCCAAAGGCUCUCUCAUAUUUUACAACUGAUCAAGUGUUUCAGUCAAGGCUGAAGGAAGAUUCACGACAUGGUCGAACUUAAAACCACCGAUAAUUAAGAAACUAAUUACAAAUACACAAACACAACAGAAUGGCUUUUUAGGACUUCUGAUGGUGGAAUAUACGAAACCCCCUGAAGGCAACAUUUGGCCUUGUGCUUGGAAAUAACAAGAGACAUAUUAUGAGACCAAGGGGAAACUUGUAAACUCUGGUGGACAGUGAGUCACCUGAAGGCCUUGGUGCUGCAGGGACAGUUGGUCUCAUGUGCUGCAUAUUUGACUUUCACACCAACGACUUCUCUGAUCACAGUUUGUACAACCAGUGUUUGCUCAAGCCUCGAUUUCCUGGAUCUGUCGACACAGAUUUACAGAAAAUCACACACCUUGUUGAGUUCAGACUCAUGAAUCAUCUCUGGUUUCAUUGUUCUUUGGUAAGUUUGAACAGUCUCAGCCUAUGUACAUAAGAACUUUUACUUUCAUUCAAACCUCCAUUGAAAGCGGCUUUUUCAUCUCAGCCUACGUUCACAUUAUUUGCAAAAAAAUGUGACCAGUCACAGCUGUGGUUUCACAGCAGCAGCCGCCUGUUUAAUUUGCGUGAUUCCAUGUUUAGCCACUUUGACUCAUUUGUUCUAGAUUUUUCCACUGGUCUGAAUGGCCAAGGACAGAAAAUAGUUUAUUUCUGAUGCCGCUGCCACAGCUGAGACAGUAAAUGGUUCCUGUGCGUCACUGGGAAUCAAAAACCAUGAUGGUUUCACAGACAACGAGGCAGAGAAAGAGUGUCUCAGCUCAGCUGAUCUGCAGUGGUGGUGAACUGGUGUCCGCCAGAGGUCGCUGCAGCUCCACAGUGCUCAGCCGCUGUUAGCAUGUAGCUAACACGUUCCAUCGGCCGCCCUGAAAACACGGAGAUUUUAAACGGAGCCGAGGAGGAGUGAUGUCGCUCCGGGAGGUGACGGCGGGAUGUAAACUGUUCACUGCCCUGCUUCUGAUUCUGGGUCCCCCUGCUGAAGACAGACACACUGGCUGUGCUCAUGCGCUGGAGCAGCAGGAGCCCGCUGCACGCGGAGCUGCUGAACUCGAGGAGGUGGUCUUUGUGAUCCAGAGCCAGAGGAACUCCUACCACGCCCGUCGAGGGGUUCAGAGGAGGGCGGAGAUUCUGCAGCAGGCGGCUGAACUUGGACAGGUUGUUCCGGUUGUUCUUCUUCUUCAUGAGCUGUCGGCGUUUGCAGGGGAUUGGAGUAUCCUGCCUGCGCUUCCCCAUCUCUCUGCCACAUUCGGCCAAUCAGCUUCCUGGUUUUUCUUCAUAGAAGAGGAAACCAGAGUCUCACUGGCUGCUCUGCUGCAGGUGCUCCACAGGUAUCAAGUCCACGAGGAAUGGUUUCUGGGUAAACGGCUCCAUGACAGCGAGGCUUCCAUCAUCCACCAUUAUGCUUUCUCUGAAGACCCCAGUUCCUUUGGUUACCCUGACCCAGCAGCAGGCUGGGCUCUCAGCACCCCCCUGCUCCACAGACUCACUGAGCGGAUCCAACACGGGAGUCUGAAGUCAGACUUUACCAUCGACUUGAAGCAUGAGAUUGCUUUGUUUAUUUGGGACGAAGGAAAAGGUCCAAAGCUGACAGCAGUUCCAGAGUUUUGCACAGAGCCGAGAGCAAACUGCGCUACCACAUUUACAACCUACCUGCCUAACUGUGGAGGUUCGGUCUCGAAGGAUGACGUAUUUGUUGCUGUGAAAACUUGCCAGAAAUUCCACAGGGAGCGAGUGCCAGUGGUGAAAGCAACAUGGGAGAGUGACGCCGGGUUUCUGGAGUAUUACAGCGACGUCAUUGACGCCUCGAUACCCACCAUCAGCCUGGGAGUGCCCAACACCGAGAGAGGACACUGUGGGAAGACAUUUGCCAUCUUGAGGCGGUUCCUUAGAGACACUGGGCCAAAGGCUGACUGGCUUCUCAUUGUUGAUGACGAUACACUCAUCAGUUUACCCAGGUUGCGGCGACUGCUGCGCUGCUAUGAUCCAAAGGAAGCGGUGAGCCUCGGGGAGAGGUACGGCUACAGCCUGAUUAACCACGGAUACAGCUACACCACAGGAGGAGGAGGGAUGGUGCUAAGUAGGCCUGCAGUCUCCAGGAUCGUCUCCAGUGGUUGUAGAUGCUACACUGAUGAUGCUCCUGACGACAUGGUGCUGGGCCGGUGCUUCACUUCCCUCAAUGUCCCCAUCACACACAGUCCACUGUUCCACCAGGCCCGACCAGAUGACUACAACCACACGCUGAUCUCCUUGCAGCAGGCCAUCUCCUUCCAUAAGCACUGGAACGUAGAUCCCGUGGCCGUCUACAGACUUUGGCUGCAGGAAACGCCCCCACGAGAUGAGCUGUAGAAACACGGCACAGUAACAAACUGUGCAAUGGAUGGCAGAACAUUACGGACAGGGUGCGUUUCUCCAGAGCUCAUCAUCUUGGACAAACAAACUGCACAUUCAAAUGACGUCUGAAUAACUUUACCCUGAAAGGAGUUUUGCAAAACAAAAAUUUUUAAUGCAGCAACGUGUGUAUGAGGCUUUAGAUAUAUAAUUUAUUGAAGAGUGAUUAUUUCCAUGUAUUAUUUUUAUGUUUGACAAGCAUCGUUUUGACUUGCUAACCAGAUCUUUGCAUUUUUCCUGAUUGAAUUUCUGUUUGUUUUGUAUCUGUGAAGAAAAAGGUUUACCAAGUCGAUAAUAACCGCGAGUGAUUCUCUGAAGGAGGAUUUUUCAAUAGAAUUUAUUAGAAUUUAAUAUAUUUGUGAGGCUGUCUGUGUGAGUGUGUGUGUGUGUGUGGGUCUGUGUGUCAGUAAGGGUGGAUGCGUGUGGACGGAUGUGAGAGUAAUUAUGACCACAGCUGGCGUUUCCUGGAGUUAUAUGGACAGAAAAUAAAACAUUAAUCCAGUUGGAUAACCAACUUU